GACUGCUGCUACUCUCACUCUCUCCGACUGCCUUGACUGGAUCUUGUGAUGUUUCCAAGGAACUUUGCUGCAGGACGACAUCCCUUUACUAUGGUGUCCCAGCUGUAGGAACUGCCCGCCUAGGCACACACCACCGUUCUUACUUGACCAAAGACGACCAUACAAAGUAAAGGCUGAAGUCAAUGGAAUAAAGCUUUGAUGUUACGAUAUACUUGGAAGAUGGAAGACAUCUGUAGCCUGUGAUUGUCAAGGCGAAGGCAACCUCAUUAACAGAUGGCAUCAGAAGGGGCGAACCGGGCGUGAGGUUCGUGCUGAAGAGUGGUGCCAGCGGAGCAGUGGAUUUGACUGUUCCCUCAAGCACAGUCCUGACACAGCCUACCCCUAUGGAGUUUCACGUAAUCCAUCACAUUAACCCGCGGCCAGAUGCUGCCCUUCUCAACAUGAAACCGUCCCAGCAGCAGCUCUACUCUACCAUGACCUCAUCGCAGCACAUGGAACACAAGCUAAAGCUCAACAUGGAAUAUCGGAAUUCCAGUCAUGAACGUCAGGACAUGAGUCUCAGGCAGCUGGUCAACAAGGACAAGAGCAAAUGCAGUGCCAAUGCCAGCCCAGCAGUGAAACAGAAAUUGUUAGAGAUGAUCCGAAACAAGCAGCAAGUAGCUCCAGACCGCAAUAUUGCCACCAAUCCCAGCAGCUCCGCCAUUUCUUACAGAGCAUCUGAGAUAAGUGAAAAGAGUAACCAUGUUUCCACCAUCUCCAAUAACUUCAUACCUCAGGCUGCACCUAGCACUUGCAAUACGUCUGAACAUGGCCUUCCUCUCAGGAGAACAGCCUCUGAGCCAAACUUGAAGUGGCCUGUCAGACCCAAGAAGUCUGGGGAGAGGAGGAAGAACCCACUCAUGCGCAAGGAAAGCGCUCCACCAGCAGUUAGAAGAAGACCCCCAGAGACACAGGAUUCAUCCCCCAGUAGUAGCAGCACUCCCGUCUCCGGCUGCAGCUCUCCGAAUGAUAGUCUGACAGCUGAAAAUGGAAGCCUACCCUCACUAUCUGGUGCUGGUUCGGAGGGUCUGAUUCCCAGAGUUAUGUAUGUGCCUGGUAUUGAUGAUGGUACAAAUUCCCUGGCUGCAGCUCGUAUUCAGCCCCUCAUCAUCCUGGAGCCCUCUGGUGCACACACUCCUUUGGUUGCAGUACAAGGCCUGGGGUCAGUACCAUUGCAAUUCACCCACUCUCUUAUCAGCGCUGACCAUUUGUCUGCUUCGGGACACAGAACCUUAAGUCGCACACGUUCUGAGCCACUUCCUCAAAAUCCCAAGACACUCCAGCAGCAGCUACUUUUCCAGCAGCAAUACGCAGCAUUACCCAAUUAUGCAAAAUGGGUGAACAAGCGCCCUCAGAAAACAAGUGAAAAACCAAGAUUAAGCCAGAUCCCAUCAGAAGAGAUGGACGAUAGCGUUUCUGUAAAUGAGAGGCCUACAGAAAUGGGAGGAAACCCUUCUCGAGUCCGAACUGAGUCUUUGCGAGGUGCUUCACCAGAGGUACACAGAGGCAGCCAGCCAGUGGUCCCACAGCACUUCCUUCCCCAGAACUAUGUCUGGGAGACGGCCCAUCAUCGCACCCCCCAGCAUGUGAAAAGAGCUCCCUUGGAUACCCUGAUGAUUCCACUAGUGUCAGGAGCACAUCGUCCUCUCUCUCGAGCAAAGUCUUCUCCGGCUUCAGCUUCUCUCCCCACUCAAGACCCUUCUUCGAAAACCAUGACGCUUUCCGUGGCAGAACAAACUGACAAACCCCGCUUCACCACAGGAAUCGUAUAUGACUCUGUGAUGUUAAAGCAUCAGUGCACCUGUGGAGACAACAGCAACCACCCAGAGCAUGCUGGAAGAAUCCAGAGCAUCUGGUCACGCUUACAGGAGAGAGGGUUGAGGAACCAUUGUGAAUGUAUUCGUGGUAGGAAAGCGUCCUUGGAAGAGCUGCAGUCUGUACAUACGGAGACGCACGUUCUUCUCUACGGCACCAAUCCUCACAAUAGGCUGAAACUGGACAAUCGGAAACUCGCAGGCAUUCUGUCUCAGAGGAUGUUUGUCAUGCUGCCAUGCGGAGGACUUGGGGUUGACAGUGAUACCAUCUGGAAUGAUCUCCAUUCCUCCAAUGCUGCACGCUGGGCUGCUGGUAGCGUUAUAGACCUUGCAUUUAAAGUUGUCACCCGGGAGUUGAAGAACGGAUUCGCCUUGGUGAGGCCCCCGGGACAUCAUGCGGAUCCUUCCACCGCCAUGGGGUUCUGCUUCUUCAAUUCUGUAGCCAUCGCAGCUAAGCAAUUGCAACAAAGACUGAAUGUCAGGAAGAUUCUCAUUGUGGACUGGGAUGUGCACCAUGGCAAUGGAACUCAACGAGUAUUCUACAGAGACCCCAAUGUCUUGUACAUGUCCCUCCAUCGACAUGAUGAUGGCAACUUCUUCCCUGGGAGCGGAGCUGCUGACGAGGUUGGUGCUAACAGCGGGGAAGGCUUUAACGUGAAUGUUGCAUGGGCAGGAGGUUUGGAUCCCCCUAUGGGUGAUGCAGAGUAUCUUGCAGCCUUCAGGACAGUGGUGAUGCCAAUUGCUCGAGAGUUUGCACCAGAUGUGGUCUUAGUUUCUGCUGGAUUUGAUGCAGCUGAAGGACAUCCAGCUCCUCUUGGAGGAUACAAAGUCACAGCUAAGUGUUUUGGUCACAUGACACGUCAGCUGAUGAGCCUGGCAGGAGGCCGUGUAGUACUGGCCCUAGAAGGUGGACAUGACCUGACCUCAAUAUGUGAUGCAUCAGAGGCCUGUGUAUCUGCUUUGCUGGGUAAUGAGCUGGAUCCCCUUCCUGAAGACAUUUUAAGGCAGCGACCAAAUCAAAAUGCUGUGCAGUCACUAGAAACUGUCAUUCAAGUCCAGAGUAAAUACUGGAAUUCCGUAAAACGAUUUGUAUCUAAGGUGGGAUACUCUCUUCUGGAAGCUCAAAAACAUGAUUGGGAUGAAGUGGACACUGUGACUGCUCUGGCCUCAUUGUCAGUGGGCAGAACUUCACUAGUAGCUGCUGGGAGCAACAGUGAGCCUCAAGAAGAGCCUAUGGAAGAAGAUGGACCCAUGAGUCUAUGACCUAAGGAAACUGGUGGCCCUCGUUUAGGUGGAUUGGUUUAAGCUGCUUUCUUCAUACUGUGGUGCAGUUUCCUUUAUUUGUCUUAAUACAUUUUCCACGACCUGUGAGUUCAUUGCUGAAGUUGCAUCAUACCAGAGUCAUCUAGUCCUGCGUUGAAAGCGGAAUCAAUAUGGGAUUUUGCCUAAAAAUAUUUUCAAUAGCUGCCUGGGCAAAUAAGUUGUGUACAGAUAUGUUAUGUCUUGUUAUGACUAAGGCUAUGCACAAAGAAAACACCACUAAGUUUGACCAAAGACUUCACUCAGGUGAGAUGAUGGAGACCAAUGGAGAAUACCAGUGACACUCCCCAUGGUGCCUACAAAACAAAGGAACUUGACAGGACUCAAGGGAAUGGGCGCAAAAACCAAUUAGAAAUUGUGGUUGUGUUUUGGAUUUUGGAAAUCAAUGUCCAUUAUAUCCAACUAGUUGAUCUGUAAAGCUCAGGACUGGUUGAACUUUCCACAUCGAGCUGGAAUUGUGACAGGACUAAUAGAUGCCAAAUUUGCCAACUUUGUGAAAAUGUAUCAAGUCUCCACAAAAACUGCAGUAAAAGACUUAAUAGGACCACUCCUUCAUGGUGGACUGUUGUGUAUAGGAGACCCUUCAUGUAGACAAUUCACUGGAGAUUCAUGAUUUUCAACAUACACAAGAAAUGUAACGGGACUUAUAAGUGACUGGCACAGCUGGAAAUGAGAAGAUGCCUUUUUGUUUUCUAGAAUUUCCUGAUGACCACUAAUCCCUUCUUGGAGGAAUGGAUUUUGUCUUGUUCAUUUGCACUAUGGAGAACCGCUCCUCACACACCACAAACAGGAUGGGAACAUUUUAAUAUAUAUCGACUUCUAAUUGGCUGUGUUGAAAUACAAAUGGGAAUGGACCUUCUUGCUGUAAAAUAUGCUUAAUGAGACAACGUGAUCAAACAUUGCAAUAUCAGUGGAAAUUUUUUUACAAUCCCAUGUGGCCCUGAUAUGGGAAUAUGCCGAUAUUACAAUACGUUAUGAGACAGUUUGUGUGUUGGUCCUUUUUUUUCCCCUCUGUGUCCAUGUUAUAUGACCAAUCAGCAACUGUUAAAAACUAUUUUUUUCACCGAGUAAAUUUGCCCUGUCCAUAUAGAUGCACUUUUUUAGACUCUUGUAUAUUGUUUUGUAUCUGAGGAAGGUUCAUGCCUUAUAAAGUGAAGCCGCCUAAUGAUCUUGAAGGCCCACAAAGGUUAAUUCCAGCUCAAUGACAAUAAAAUAAUGGUGUGUCCUCAUUUUAAUUUUACAAACUGUGUAGAUUAUUGUUGCAAAACUCUUGACAACUGGGGCAAUCUUCGUUGAACCAUAGUCCUACCCACAAUGACUCAUGUCUGUUUGCCUCACGCUAAUUUUGCACCACUCGCACAUAGAAAAACCAUCGUAAAGAUUCAACUAAGACACAGGUCCUGUUAAGAAUCAGUGGGAUUAAGGGGUAAGCAGGGGGGAUUUACACCGAUCCUGCGCUGUGAUGUUUCUCUUUUAUUCGUUGCCAGAUAUAUUUUUUUCUUUUUUUGCAAGCUACAUUCACAAUACUUGUCAGUCUCAUAGGUCUAAAGAUCUUUGAAGUGAUUUCAGUAAAAAAUAAUAAUAAUCUGUACCUCUCCAUGGCCGCACUUUAUGCCCCUGUCAGGUGUGAUGACUCGCAAAGGCGUAAGCGGCUACUCUGUAAAUCAAAGCAAACAGCUGGCUAAAUCCUCAGCUCACAGGGUCCUCCAAAUCAAAAACAAGUGUUUUUUUUUUGUCUCUCUCAGAUUCAAGGAUCACUUUCCUUUCCCUUGAUUUCCAUAUUUGUAGCCACAGAGUAAAUCAGCGCUAUAAUUUAUCUACGUGUCAAAAAAAGGGACGGCAUUGCAACUUUUAACUUAAAAAAUGUUAGAGAUCGGAGAGAAAUGUGUUUUAUCUUUCAAUUUUACCAACAUCUGGUGUAGAUAAAGGGUUGUGUUUCAUCUUUAAUGUCUUGGAAUGCUUUGCCACAUAAAAUAAGGUUUACCCCCUGUAAAUACAAGAAGAAUCCUAAGACUUAAUAGAACACUGACAAACGGGCAGAACGUCAGUCCGUGGGUCACGACAGCCCGUCUUUGUGAAUUCACCUCCUGUAAAUAGUGUAUAUAUGAGUGUAAAAGUUUUGUCAUAGGCCAUGUUCACACAUAGUGCAGCAUGGGUUAUUUUCAGUUGUGGAAUAUGCACCAGAAUUCCCAAAAAAUGUAAAUUACAAUGCAAGCAAACAGGUUUUUAACGUAGAAUAUUCUAUGCAUAUUAAGGAUUUUCAGAAAGAAAGGUACCAGUGGCUCAACCUACUCAAGAUCCAAUGGUAUGGUGCUCACCCCACGACACACCCGCAGUCGAAAAUAAAAGUGAACUAGUAAAGGAAAAAAUUAGGGGGCACUCCAAUAUCUAGGUAUAUGGAUAAAUAUAGCGUAACUAAAUAAAAUAAAAUAGUUAUUUAUUCAAAUAUUACAUAAAAUAACACCUAUUUCAUAGGAUGGAUCAUCAGAUCAUAACAUAAGACAUAUUUCAUGAGGUGAUCAGAUAAAUUAAUUAAUCAAUUCACUUUCCACAUUAGAUCAUAUUAAAAAAUAUUAUAAAAAAUAUAUACACGUUGAUCAAACUUGGAGAAGACAUCUAAAAAACUAAUGGUCAAUAAAAAUGAAAAAAUAAAUCAAAUAAGGGAAGCAUAAAAAUGGUGUAUAGUUCCGUCUCUGGUGUUGCAAAUGCUAUAUAUAUAUUUUGGGGUUAUUGGUAUAUAGCUCAGGUUGCGUUAUCCAAAUGGAAAUGUGACUAUAAUCGCUUAUAGUAGGUGAGUCAGUGAUUACACCAACAGGGGAAACGGUAGGUCGGUGCUCUACCCCACACGACCACCCCAGUAUUGUGGAUCAACUUAGUAGAGAUGAACUAUAUUGGGGGACUCAAAAUCAAUUGUUGGUAUUGAUAGUUCAAUCCUCAGAAUCUGUAAAAGUGAAAGUCUAUCCGGAUAAUAGCACAAGUUAUGUUGAACUUGAUAGCACAGUGGAGCUAGUAUCUUCCGGUAUAGAUAUUAUAUGAAAUAGCGCUAGAAGGUUCAAUCAAUUGAUGUUGGCCAUUUUUCUAUAUUUCUCAAAAUUUAGAGGAAUCUCAUAAAUAAUGCACCAAAAUUCCCAAACAAUGUAAAUUACAAUGCUAGCAAACAGGUUUUUAACGUAGAAUAUUCUAUGCAUAUUAUGGAUUUUCACAUCUCCACCAUGUCCUAUUUGUCGCAAAUUUUUGUCAAAUUUUUACAGUGCGGUGGGUAAAAUCCACAGCAAAUCGACAUACAGCACCUACGAAUCUUGUUGCAAAUGUUAGUGCAGAUUCUCAGGCUGGAUCCAGUGUGUAAACUUAAAGAAUUGAGAGCAGAAUGUUUUGAAAAAUCCCAAAGAUCAUGGUAACACUGGCGCCAAGUGUAAAUGAUCAGAGACGUCAGGUGAAUUAAGGAUCUGGGCUGAACAGGGUAUCUACAAUGGUUUGUCAUUUCUCAGUAUUAACUACAAAUAAGUAUCCAUCAAACAACUGGAAAAACCUUCUUCGAUUAGAAACCUUGUAAAACAUAAAUUUUUUGUAAAUGUGUCUUCAUUUUAUUGUCUUGUUCCAUCAUUUUAGUUAUGAAUAACUCUGAGUUUGUUAGAAAAUAUCAAACUGUCCAUAAAAUGAUGUCCCAAUCAAUUGCAUAUAUCUCUUCAUGACGAGAAGUAUGCAAAAUACUUGGAGCCUCACACUCCACGAAUUCUGUGUUUCUUUUCUGGUUGCGGAUUGUGCUGUUUAGCAGACCGUGCGCUUGCAGAUACAUUUCGGUUUGAAAAAGACAUUUUCCAAAAUAAAUAAGAAAAUUAUGUACCUCCUGUCAGAACCCGAUAAUUCCAGAUGAAAGUUUACUGUAAUUUUAUAGUCCUUUUAAAUACUAUGUUACUUACUAAUAUAUUACAUAUAUUAUAUGGUAUUCAUAAUUUGCCAACCUGACAGAGAAAUUAUCAUUUUAUUAGAUUUUGUCACAAUUUGCUGCAUUUUUUUUGUGACAACAUGCAGUGCACAUGUAUAAACCCUACAUCACUUUCCAAAUGAAAAAUGUUUUUGUUUUUUUUUAAAGAAUUAAAAUGAGAUUUUAAAAAUGG